GCAGCGAUUCCUCAACAGCUCUUGUUUUUGAAGUUGAUUUCACUUCCCAAAGAAGAGCGGCUAUAAAUAGGAAAUGUAACGCAGAAUAAAAGAAGCGUAAUCACAGAUUUAAUUUAGAUCCACCUGCCUUAAGAGUGCAGCCAGCAGCCACACAGAGGAGAAUCCGUCGAUGCGAGUGGACACAUGAGCACUUGGGCGGUUGGUAGGCUGCUGCUCUGCUCCGCUGUGUAGGCUAGUUGUGCACACGGUGGCUGGCAGGCACAAGUUGGAGAGCAGCGGGAGGAGUUUGUCAGACUUACCCAUGUGAGCAAUACUUCAGGACCAAGGACAGAUCCCCACCGCUGCCUGGCAAACAUGCUCAAAGUGAACAACAUCUGGACUGCGCUCGUCGCAUGAAACCUCUGCACGCUGUCUGUUGUCGCGCGGCUUGUGGGAAGGAGACCUGCAGAUACAUCCGGCAAGAGACAUCUAGUGCUACAACCAGGAAAUAUCAAACAUGCUGCACCCACUGAAGGAAGACUUGAAAGUGAUCCGCCUCCAGACUCUGUGAACCUUUGCUCCUCUCCACUUCAGCCUGCUGAACCCUGCCACCUGAUCCUGCCAUGCUGAGUGUAACGCUCUGCCGCAGGUCUUUGGCCAAUUCUGUCCAGUACUGGCCCCUCCACAUGCUCCUGCUGGAGCUGCUGAUUCCAGGGGUCCUGCCCAACAUCUCCAGAUUACCACCUGCGGCCAAACGGGAAAUCAUUAUGGACGGGGACUUGGUGAUUGGAGGCCUGUUCCCGGUGCACCACAAGGGCGAUGGGACGGAGGACUGUGGGAAGAUAAACGAGGAGAGAGGGAUCCAGAGAUUGGAAGCCAUGCUGCUGGCACUUGAUGAGAUUAACUCCAGCGAUCGCAUUCUUCCCGGACUCCAGCUGGGGGCCCACAUCCUGGACACCUGCUCGAAGGACACAUAUGCUCUGGAGCAGUCUCUAGAUUUCGUAAGGGCCUCCCUCACCAAGGUGCACGAUCCAGGCUUCAUCUGCCCAGACGGCUCCAGACCUGUCCAAAACGAGGUUCCAUUGGCUAUCUCUGGGGUCAUCGGAGGAUCCUACAGCGACGUUUCCAUACAGGUGGCCAACCUCCUGCGAUUGUUUCAGAUCCCUCAGAUCAGCUAUGCCUCCACCAGCUCAAAGCUCAGCGAUAAGACCCGCUAUGACUACUUUGCUCGCACUGUACCCCCUGACUUUUACCAGGCCAAAGCCAUAGCCGAGAUUCUGCGUUACUUCAACUGGACCUACGUGUCAACAGUAGCGUCAGAGGGCGACUAUGGUGAAACUGGCAUCGAUGCCUUCCAGCAGGAGGCACGCAGUCGCCAAAUCUGCAUCGCCACUUCAGCCAAAGUGAGCCGCUCCAUGAACCGCCAGGGCUACGAUAAUGUGAUCCGCGCUCUGCAGCAGAAGUCCAACGCUAAGGUGGUCAUCCUGUUCACCCGCAGCGAAGACGCCCGUGAGCUGCUGGUGGCCGCCGCUCGCAUGAACGUCACCUUCACCUGGGUGGCCAGCGAUGGAUGGGGGGCGCAGGAGAGUGUGGUGAGGGGCAGCGAGACAGCAGCAGAGGGGGCUUUCACCAUCGAGCUGGCCUCCUACCCAAUUAGAGAGUUUGAAGAUUACUUCACCAAGCUGAACCCGUACACCAACACAAGGAACCCGUGGUUCAAGGAGUUCUGGGAGCACCGGUUCGGCUGUAGCCUCCAGGAACACGGCUGCAGUGAACACAGCUUACGAGAUGGAACUUUUGAGCAGGAGUCUAAGAUUAUGUUUGUAGUAAAUGCAGUCUAUGCCAUGGCCUACGCUCUGCACAACAUGAGGCAAGCAGUAUGCUCCAACACAUCCAAGGUCUGUGACGCCAUGAAACCAGGAAACGGCAAAAGGUUCUACAAGGAGUUCAUCUUGAAGACCAAGUUUGAUGCUCCAUUCAGACCCGACACUGAGAACAUGGUGCGCUUCGACUCCUUUGGUGACAGCAUCAGCCGCUACAACAUCUUCCAUUACCACAAGGAAGAGGGGAAGUUCGUCUACAGGAAAGUCGGCUACUGGGACCAGAACCUGACCCUGAACACCACCCUGGUACCCUGGCGUGACCUCGUACCACCAACUUCCCAAUGCAGUGACCCUUGCAGGAAGAACGAGGUGAAGAGCAUGCAGCCUGGAGACGUGUGCUGCUGGAUCUGCAUCCCCUGCCAGCCCUACCAGUACCUACAGGAUGAGUUUACCUGUGCUGACUGCAGCUUCGGUCAGUGGCCUCUGGCUAACUUAACUGGCUGCUAUAAUCUUCCUGAAGAAUACAUCCGCUGGGAAGAUGCCUGGGCCAUUGGUCCCGUCACCAUCUCCUGCCUUGGCAUCUUGUGCACUCUGUCAGUAGUGGGCCUCUUCUUCAAGCACAAUGAGACACCUGUGGUAAAAGCAAGUGGACGUGAGCUCUCUUACAUCCUCUUGCUGGGAGUGUUGAUGUGCUACCUCAUGACCUUCAUCUACAUUGCCAAACCUUCCACUGCUGUCUGUACCCUACGCCGACUUGGCUUGGGCACCUCGUUUGCAGUGUGUUACUCAGCUCUUCUAACCAAGACCAACCGAAUCGCUCGCAUCUUCAGUGGGGUGAAGGAUGGAGCCCAGCGUCCACGCUUCAUCAGUCCUGCUUCCCAGGUAGCGAUCUGCGGUGCUCUUAUCUCCUGCCAGCUGCUGGUGGCUGUCAUCUGGCUGCUGGUGGAGGUGCCCGGGGUUCGUAAGGAGGUGAGCCCAGAGAGGAGAGACGUGGUCACCCUCAAGUGCAGCAGCAGGGACUCCACCAUGCUCAUGUCACUCACCUACAACUGCAUCCUCAUCGUCCUCUGCACCGUCUACGCUUUCAAGACGCGAAAGUGCCCUGAAAACUUCAAUGAAGCCAAGUUCAUUGGGUUCACCAUGUACACCACGUGCAUCAUCUGGCUCGCUUUCCAGCCCAUCUUCUAUGUCACCGCCAGCGACUACAGGGUGCAGACCACCACCAUGUGCAUCUCCGUCAGUCUGAGUGGUUCGGUGGUUCUUGGCUGCCUCUUUGCCCCCAAAGUCCACAUCAUCCUGUUUCAGCCCCAAAAAAAUGUGGCCUCUCUCAGAGUCACAGCCAACCGCUUCAGCGCCGCAGUGUCCGCCUCCGCCUCUGCCUCCGCUCCCAGCUCCAGCUACUCGAAAGGUACAAGUAUCCACUAUAUUGGGUACUCAUAUCUCUGUCUAGUACUGUAA